AGGCGUCAUCCCUGAAGUGGGUCCCUUCAUUCCAGAGCCUCUGGAGUCUGCUCACAUCCACCAUGAACACCUCUCACCUCCUGGCCUCGUUGCUUUCAGGAUCCCCGCAGGGUGAAAACAGGAGCAAGCCAAGGGGCAUCGUCUACAGCCUCUCUGACCACUGCCAAGAUUCCGUGGAUCUGCUGGUCUUCAUCGUCACUUCCUACAGCAUCGAGACCAUCGUGGGGGUCCUGGGCAAUCUCUGCCUGAUCUGCGUGACCAUGAGGCAGAAGGAGAAGACCAACGUGACCAACCUGCUCAUCGCCAACUUGGCCUUCUCCGACUUCCUCAUGUGCCUCAUCUGCCAGCCGCUCACUGCCGUCUACACCAUCAUGGACUACUGGGUCUUUGGUGAGAUCCUUUGCAAGAUGUCGGCCUUCAUCCAGUGCAUGUCGGUGACGGUCUCCAUUCUCUCUCUCGUCCUUGUGGCCCUGGAGAGGCAUCAGCUCAUCAUCAACCCGACAGGCUGGAAGCCCAGCAUCCCACAAGCCUACCUGGGGAUUGUGCUCACCUGGUUCAUCGCCUGCGCCCUCUCCCUGCCCUUCCUGGCCAACAGCGUCCUGGAGAACGUCUUCCACAAGAACCAUUCCAAGGCUCUGGAGUUUCUGGCGGAUAAAGUGGUCUGUACCGAGUCCUGGCCCCUGGACCACCACCGUGUUGUCUACACCACCUUCCUGCUACUUUUCCAGUACUGCAUCCCGCUGGCCUUCAUCCUGGUCUGCUAUGUGCGCAUCUACCAGCGCCUGCAGAAGCAGGGGCGUGUGUUCCGUAAGGGCGCCUACGGCUGGCGUGCGGGGCAGAUGAAGCGGGUCAACGGGGUGCUUGUGGCGAUGGUGGCUGCCUUCGCAGUGCUCUGGCUGCCCUUGCACAUGUUCAACAGCUUGGAGGACUGGCACCCUGAGGCCAUCCCUGAAUGCCAUGGCAACCUUAUCUUCUUGGUGUGUCACCUGCUCGCCAUGGCUUCCACCUGUGUCAACCCUUUCAUCUAUGGCUUUCUCAACACCAAUUUCAAGAAGGAGGUCAAGGCCCUGGUGCUGACUUGCCAGCAGAGCCCCGCCAUGGAAGAGUCCGAGCAUGUGCCCCUGUCCACAGUGCACACGGAAGUCUCCAAAGGGUCUCUGAGGCUAAGUGGCAGGUCCAACCCCAUUUAGCCAGGUCUAGGGCUUCUCCCUGCCAUGUUCCUUGCCAGCUUCUUUCACUUAAAUAAGUGGGCACGUUGCAAGCUGGGAGUGGCACCCCUCUGUCAUUGCGGCUUUCUGGGGCCCAGAUUGGCUGGUGAGAGCCUGUUUUGCAUCCGUUUGCGUCGAGAGGCCUAACAUUCAGCUAUGUGUUCCUGGGAGGAUUCUGAGUUUAGAUUCUGCAGGUCACAGUGAGCCUUGCAGCUUGAGCUGCAAGAUGCCAGAGCCGGAGAUAUCUGCUGGUAACAGGCAGGGUUCAUUCUGGUAACUCAGCAACAGAUGCCUGGUCUGGGAACCCAGGGAUGUCACCUACACCAGUCAGACCGUGAGGCUGCUGUGCACUGAGGGAAGGAACACUUGGAGUCAGAGC